GUGGUCCGCCCCGCCUUGGCGCGUCGCUCUCAUCCCAGGCAUGGUGCCGCAGCCGCCAGCAGUCACUGUGUUCCGCGGCCCGCGCAAGCCCCACUGGUGCUGCGGGCAAUGCGGGCGCGCGGCGAACUGGGCGUGCCGCAUCCAGUGUCCCUGCGGUCGCGAUGCGCCUGCCGCCAUCGUCUCUCGUGCGCGCCAGAAGCACAAGGAGGCAAGCGACGGCAGUGGCAGCGGUGGCAAGAAAGGGGUUCCCAGGAGGCAGGCGGGGGCUCCCAGUGGUCUGCCCAAGGAGCUUGCCGAGUGGAUGCAGACCAUCGAGAAGCGCCUGGCGCCGCCCGCUGCCGCGUGGCCCAAGCCUGGAGGCACGGCGCCGUGGCACGAGUCUGCUGCAGGUAACAGUGCCGAUCCCGACAAGAAAUCCCAGAGUGCCAAGCUUGCCGAGCGGAUCACGGAGCUUGAGGAGGCCCUCAAGAAGCUCCCGCCCGUUGACGAGCGCAACACUGAUCUACGGAGUCCGAUCGAGAAUCAGUUGGAGGCACUGCGUGCGGAGAAGCGUGCACUAUUGUCUCCCCAGGCCCUCCAUCGGCGCACGCAGCAGGACCUGCAGCGUGCGCGGAACGGCCUCGAGAAGUUGGAGAAAGAGUUGGCAGAACAGGAGAGUCAGUUGGUUGAGUUAUCCAAAAGCAUCGAGCUGCGCAAGCAGACCAUCGAAGCCAAGAGGUUGGAAGUUGCGGCGCUCGACGCGGCCUUCGCUGAGACGGCCAAGGGCGUCGCCGCCAGCGCUGUCGACAUCGACCUCGCCGAGGACGACGUGGCCGACCAUCCUGAGCUCGUCGCCAUUCUCAAGUCCGAGGCCUGGGCCAAGCUCAAGGCCGCGGUCGCCAGCAAGACUGCGGCCCGUGCCUGUGGCGCUGGGGCUGCUGGCGCUGCUGCAGAUGACGGUGAUGUACCCAUGGGAGCUGGCCCGACUGCAGAGCAAAAGAAGGCACUCUACCAUGCUCGGACGGAGGGCAGCAUCGACGAUUUCGUGCAGGCGUUCGACGCCAUGUGGUCCGAGGAGUUUGCACUGGUGCUGCUGAGGGCCCGCCGUGCGCCGCCGCUUGGGGCGUGGCCUGCCCUGGGUGCUGAGUCCAGCAUCGAGUCCCACAAUGCGAGCGGUGGCAAGGCGUCUGUCAAGAAGCGCCAUGGCAGCACCGCGGCCAGCGUCGUGCUUCUGCAGGAGUUCGGGCACAUCAGCGAGCAUGUCGAGGCGCUGAGCUCCUGGUGUGGUGGUCGAGGCUGGAGGCUCUUGGCGCUUCCGGGCCUGCCCGCGGUGGGCUCGGUGCCGUCUGCAGGCGUGGCCGUCGCUGUGCGCGACUGCCUGGGCGCGCG